AUGCCUGAGGAUAACUAUGGCAACGAGUACUCUUACAAGAGCUUCGAGGGCAAUCACCACUGCUCUCGUGACUACGGCUCCGGUGCAUCCAGCUCCAACCCUUACCAUUACUCCAACCACAAUGGUUCGUACUACUACUCAAACUCCGAUGAGAGCAAGUACUACAACAGCGGCAAGGGCGAUGCUGUAUACACCCCUCCCUCUGGAUCCACUCAGAACUUUGGCAACUCUAGAAAUUAA